GAGAUGUGGGAGGGACGGGGGAAACAGGAACCGUCCGGUGGGGCUGGGGAACGGGGUGCGUGAAAUACUGCGGGCUGGACUUCUCAUAGGUGUUGAAAUGGGGGGGAGCAUUUGGCGGCGGGAACCACGGUUGUUCCUUGGUGCAAAGGGAUGCUGGAAAGGAUGCUGGGUUGCAUGGCCGUGCUGUGCCCGUUCCCAGCCGGCAUGUGCGUGCGGUGUGUGUGCGCCCGUGUCUUUCCUGCCUUCCCCCGCCGGGAGGCAGAGGGCGACGGGGCGCCCACGACAGAGGGGAGCAGGCACCAGCCGAGCCGGUUGCGGCAAAAAAUUGCGGUAGUGCCUGCACUCCUGGCCGGGCUCGCCGACCCGCCGCCAGCCCCGCGCAGCGCCCGCUGUGUGCCCGCUCGGCACCGGCCGGGGCCACGGGCUGAAGAAGAAGAGUGGACUUCGAUUCUUUAUCUUUGUUCAGGAGCCUAAGGUUGCUUGCUGAUCACAAGAAGAUGUUUCUGUGGCUCUUUCUGGUUCUGUCAUCUCCAGUUUCUUCUACAACUGCAGAUGCUGAUAUAUCUGUGGAAAUUUGCAAUGUUUGCUCCUGUGUGUCAGUUGAGAAUGUACUCUAUGUCAACUGUGAGAAGGUUGCAGUCUACAGACCAAAUCAGCUUAAACCACCAUGGUCUAAUUUUUACCACCUCAACUUUCAAAACAACCUGCUAAUUAUUCUGUAUCCAAAUACCUUUCUUAAUUUUACACAUGCAGUGUCCCUGCAACUGGGUAAUAAUAAGUUACAGAACAUUGAGGGAGGGGCCUUUAUGGGUCUUAGUGCAUUAAAACAGUUGCACUUGAACAACAAUGAAUUAAAGAUUCUACGAGCAGACACUUUCCUUGGCAUAGAGAACUUGGAGUAUCUCCAAGCUGACUACAAUUUAAUCAAGUUUAUUGAACGGGGAGCCUUCAAUAAGCUUCACAAGCUGAAAGUCCUGAUCCUUAAUGACAACCUGAUUUCAUUCCUUCCCGAUAAUAUUUUUCGAUUUGCUUCUCUAACCCAUCUGGAUAUACGAGGGAAUCGAAUACAGAAGCUUCCAUACAUUGGAGUUCUGGAACACAUCGGGCGAAUUGUCGAACUGCAGCUGGAAGACAACCCCUGGAAUUGUACGUGUGAUUUGUUGCCUUUGAAAGCGUGGAUGGAGAACAUGCCCUACAACAUCUACAUUGGAGAAGCUAUCUGUGAAACACCCAGUGACUUGUAUGGAAGGCUGCUGAAGGAGACCAACAAGCAAGAACUGUGCUCCAUGGGGACAGGGAGUGAUUUCGAUGUGCGUAUUCUGCCUCCCUCCCAGCUGGAGCCCAGUUACAGCACACCGAACGGCCACACCACUCAAACAUCGGUGCACAGAUUGGUCACAAAGCCACCAAAGACUACAAAUCCUUCGAAGAUUUCGGGGAUAGUAGCAGGCAAAGCCUUAUCUAAUCGCAAUCUCAGUCAAAUCGUAUCUUACCAGACCAGGGUGCCUCCUUUAACUCCUUGUCCGGUCCCCUGUGUUUGCAAAACGCAUCCUUCGGACUUGGGAUUAAGUGUAAAUUGCCAGGAAAGAAAUAUAGAGUCAAUGGCUGAACUCGUACCAAAACCUUUAAAUGCCAAGAAACUGCAUGUAAAUGGCAAUUAUAUUAAGGAUGUGGACACCACAGAUUUCUUUGAGUUUGAGGGGCUGGAUUUGCUACAUUUAGGCAGCAAUCGGAUUUCAACGAUCAAAGGAGAAGUUUUUCGCAACCUUACAAAUUUACGGAGAUUGUAUCUCAAUGGCAAUCAGAUAGAACGUCUGAGCCCAGAAAUGUUUGCUGGCCUCCACAACUUGCAAUAUCUGUAUUUGGAAUACAAUGUUAUCAAAGAAAUCCUAGCAGGCACCUUUGACUUAAUGCCAAAUUUGCAGUUGCUCUACCUGAACAACAAUCUUCUACGAAGCUUGCCAGCCUACAUUUUUGCUGGUGCACCACUUGCUAGGCUGAAUCUGAGAAACAAUCAUUUCAUGUAUUUACCUGUAAGUGGCGUUCUUGAUCAGCUAAAAUCUCUUACACAAAUUGAUUUGGAAGGUAAUCCAUGGGACUGCACUUGUGAUUUAGUUGCUUUAAAACUCUGGCUUGAAAAGCUAAAUGAAGGUAUUGUGGUGAAGGAAUUGAAAUGUGAGACACCUGUACAGUUUGCUAACAUUGAACUUAAGUCUCUAAAAAAUGAGAUCCUCUGUCCUAAACUUUUAAACAAGCCAUCUGCUCUGUUCACUAGUCCCGUGCCCGCUGUUACUUACACAACGCCACUGGGACCAGUUCGGAGUCCUCCUGGUGGCCCAGUUCCAUUGUCCAUCCUAAUCUUAAGCAUAUUAGUUGUGCUUAUUUUAACAGUGUUUGUUGCUUUUUGUCUUCUUGUUUUUGUGCUUCGGCGCAACAAAAAACCGACUGUAAAGCAUGAAGGGAUUGGAAAUCAAGAAUGCAGUUCUAUGCAACUGCAGCUAAGAAAGCACGAUCACAAGUCAAACAAAAAAGAUGGACUGGGUGCAGAGGCCUUCAUUCCUCAAACCAUUGAGCAGAUGAGCAAAAGUCAUACCUGUGGCUUAAAAGAGUCUGAAACGGGCUUCACGUUUGCUGACCCACCAGGGCAAAAAGUCAUUCUGAGAAAUAUUAAUGACAAGGAGAAAGAUUUAUUGCAUGUGGAUACCAGAAAAAGACUUAGCACAAUUGAUGAACUGGAUGAAUUAUUCCCUGGGAGGGAUUCCAAUGUAUUUAUUCAAAAUUUUCUUGAAAGUAAAAAGGAAUACAACAGCAUAGGGGUCAGUGGCUUUGAAAUACGUUAUCCAGAGAAACUACAAGACAAAAAAAACAAGAAAUCUCUAAUAGGUGGUAAUCAUAGUAAAAUUGUAGUUGAACAAAGAAAAAGUGAAUAUUUUGAACUAAAAGCUAAACUUCAAGGCUCACCUGACUACCUGCAAGUCCUUGAAGAACAAACAGCUUUGAAUAAAAUAUAGGUCAUACAAUCUCAUUGCCUACAGAGGACAUUUAUUUAAUGACGAAAGUGCCUUUUGUUGACUUUUAACUUCCAAAUACUAUGUUAUAUUGAUAGGCAUAGAGGCAGGUGUAUCCAAGGGUGUCUGAUUAACUCUAGCUGCAUAUGAUUUGUCAAGUAGAGGAGAAUUUCCUUAAUAGGUUUUACUACAUAAAGCUCAUGCCCUGUGGAAUCCUGUAGGGAUACUGAAAACUCUAUUGCCAAAGGGAUGCUUUAUACACGUUACACUGAAUUUAACCUCAAGAGGCAUAUAUGUUUUGUACCUUAAAUGCAAAACCAUCGUCUCCUUGUGAUUUGUUAGAACAAACACAAGAAACCUGGUACUGCUAUUUGUACCUCAGCUGGGUCCUUCAUCCUGCACGUGGAUUUAAGUUGGUGGAACUGGAGUAAUCCUUUGAUCUGUGGUGGUGUAACGGCACUGUUUAAAGGUUAUCUGGAAAGUAACAAGCAUGCAAAGAGAGAACAUUUGAUAGUAUGUGUAAAUUGGUUACAUUUAUGGCCUGCAUCUUGAAACCACUGGAAUUAUAAUGUUGAAUUGUGCAAAUAUUUGUUUAAAAUAUACCAUGCAUUACAUACCUAUGAAAUAAAUUUGACCACUUGAAGCAUACAUGUCUAUACAUAAAAUUAUAAAAAAAAAAAAGAAAGAAUAUUUCAACCUGACUUCUGCAGUAUUUGUGGCAUCUGAAGCAAAUAUUUGAUGUUUAUGCAGAAUCUAUUGUAAGACUCAUCUCCAAUUAAAACUAGAGUUCUUUCUCAGUUAUGUGAAAAACUUGCAACCCCAACGGGUUGUCCAAAAUUGUCAAAGUGCUUACUGUGUGAGCGUAGCAGAAAUUAUUUUUGUAAUAUAAUUCAUAUUUAUGAAAUACUUUGUAUACUAAAUAGGAAAAAUAUGUACUCCUUAAUAUGUAUUUAAUAUGCUUGACUUGUUUUCCUGAUCAUAAUGCAUUAGUCAUUCAGUAUAAAUAAAACCAGGACAAUAUACCAAACAGAAACCGGGGGUGUAAUGUAUAGAAUAAUUCAGAAUUAAGUGGUCAGAUAUAAUAAUAAUAAAAAUGUUCUGUACUAUUCUUGUGAAGUUAGCAUAUGAUAUUAUUUCAGAUUUGUUAUUGAUGAUGCCUUUUAAAAUAGAUUCAUUAGUUUUUUAGCAUUGUGUCUCAGGCAAUUAUUUGCCAUCAGCCGUCUUGCUUUUCAACGUUCUACAGCUUAAUUGAAAUAGUUUUCACUACAAGUAUUUACAGGAAUUCAUGGUAAGGGUAAUAUUUUAAUUGUAUAUGCAUACGUUUUCUGUUCUUAUUAUCUGUCUGGAUGCUGUCAGUCAGAAAAAAACUGAUUAGAGCAGUGAACAAUAUGGCAAAUCAUGUCUAUUUAAAACCAUAGUGUAAAAUGAAUAUAAUGGUCUCAGUUCAGAGUAUUGCGCAGCUCAUAUCUAGAGAGUAAAAACUUGGCUUUGUGAAAGCUGAAUCUGAAUAGCUAGCAGAAAAAAAAGAGUCAGGAGAAUGGAAAAUCCCCACUGUAUGUCACUGAUAGAUGGUACCUUGAGAUGAGAAUGGAGAUCUAUUGGUAAAGCGUCAUCCAGCAAAUCUAUACUAGGAGAUUAACAAAAGUUCUUUGACUUGAAAAGGAAUUCUUUCUUUCAUUUCAAUGAGCUUUGGAUAAGACCCUGUAUCUACCUUGCUUCCAGAAUCCUUUCCCUCUACCACCCCUUUUAUAUUCAGUACAUAAAUCAAUUAAGAUUAGUACAAUAUAAACAUGAUUUUUUUUUUUCAUUAAUUUGAAACUAGCAAAUAUUACAGCAAGACCCAAUAAUAAUACUGUGGAGAAGGCUGUUUUCAUUAUAAAUCUCUAAUUUCAGGGCUUUAUGACACUGCUGUGAAAUGUUUGUUCUGAAAUGAUACUUGGUAAACAGCCAGCAGUGUGUUUUUCACAAAGUUUACCAAGAAAAACCCCAAAAAACCAAACCAAACCUGCUUCUUCAUUUAAGAAAAAGCAAAGCAAAACAUUUUCUACUUUCCAACAUUUGUUUAUGCUCAUUACUUAGAAAAAGGAUGUUCUAGGGUUUUUUAGGACGUGGAUAUUAUGUACAUAUGCAUUUCUAGCAUCCAGAGUUCGUGGUUGACCGGUGAUGCAAAACAUGGCCAAGGCUUAAAAAAGAACAUUUGAGCUUAUUGUGGUAAGUGUCUGUGUAGGAAGGAGCGUUAAAGAUGCGCUGAGGCGAUGGGCUGUGAUGGCUCCAUCAGCAGGAUGAGGGAAUGUGUCCAGGUAGCUGAGGUUUGCCAAAGCAUGAGACUUCUGACCCUUCAGUGUAUUGUUACAGACCGUCCCAUCCCAUUCACUUCUGUGUGCGUUAAAACUAUUAAAAAUAGCAAAUAAGCGAAUACUUUUAAUUGUUAAAACUGGUGUGCCUAUGAGUUGUGUUGCCCUGAGUUAAAAGAACAGUGAUAAACGAUAUGAUAAAUGAUCGUACCUUCCUGCAUUAAAAAUUUGAGGGUUUUUUUUUGUUUUCUGUAUGGUUUUUGGUGUGUUUGGCUUGGUGUGUGGUGGUGUGUGGUAUGUUUUUUUUUUUCUUUUUUCUUUUUUUUUUUGGAGUGUGGGGGUUGGGGUUGGUUUUUUGGUGGUGGUUUUUUUUUUUUGUGAUUUUUGUUUGUUUUUUGUUUGGUUUGUGGGUUUUUUUUGAAGUGAGGUCUUCUAUUCACUGAUCAAAAGAGGAAGAACUGAACUGUUACACUCUGCCAUUACAUUGGGUCAGUUUUUCCUGCUCAUUGAGGUCUCAAUCCUGUAAAGCAUUUAAGCUCAACCUACAUUGGGUGUAGAGGUACUAUUCAUGAGCUAAUAAUUAAACACUUCCCAAGUGUGAGGCUUAGAUAGAGGUUUGCCGUUGAGUUCAAAAAAAGCCAGCUCAGAGACGUUGUAUAUAACACAUAGAGACCAGUGACUCUUGGGAUUAUGCAGCAGAGUGUGGGUUCACCAGCAUCAGUAAAGGUUGCAUAGUCUGGACUUUCUUGUAGAACUUUUUCCUAAGUGUUUUACAUAUAUGGUGCAAUAUGUAGACAUAAUGGUGUGAGUGAAGAAUGCACAAGUUUGCAAAACACUAUAUUUCUUUGAUAUCAUUACUUUGAAGGACAACCUUAAUGUCAGUUUAUUUCCUCCAUGGUUAGAAACGGGGGAUGUGUCUGCACAGCAGUUUUAGUGUAAUGUCCAUUCAAAUCUAUAGUCAGUCUGUCUGGGAAGGUGACUCUUUGGAUGUGGCUUAACAGAUUAGUCUGUUCAUUCUGUUGGUUUGAGUGGCCAUGCUUGUAAAAUGGCUGUUAAGACCCAUACGCAUAAACGAAAUCAGUGAAGGUGUUAACAUAAUCUGUCGUCUUCAUUGUAUGAUAAAAAAAGUUUCAAUUUUUAAAUAAAAUCAAUAAAGUGUAAUUGUUUCCUUGAAAAAGAAAAUAAUUGUGCAAUUUUAUCAGAAAGCAACUACCAUGGUGCAAGGACACAAGAGCACUAGAUGAUUUGCGUUUUGCAUUCCGUGUUACAGAUUGACAAUAAUAUAGAAAUCUAGUAUAAAAAUCUUUUUUUAAAUGAUGUUUCUUGAAAAAAAGCCAUAAUGAUGAUGUAAUUUAUAACAGGCAUGGCCUUGUGAAUAACGUUAACAAAUGUUUCAGAAUCAACAAAACACAUCCAGAACUUGAUGGUGGUAUCGUAUCUAUAAUAUCGUUUGCAUGAUUUGUACAUUGGUAUUGUAUGAAAUGAGCACAGUGAGGAUUGGUUUGGUUUUGUCUUGUUUUUUUGUUUGUUUGUUUUUUUUUUGGCAUCCAAAGAGUUAGGAAGGAAAUAUAAAAAGAAUGUAUUUAUAAUCACUCUAUUUUAAAUAAAUAAAACAAAAUGUAUUGGUUUUACCCUGCUUCCAUCAUUACUAUUCUUGGUUAGUUUAUAAUUAAGAUAUUUACUUAUAACUUCCAGUCUAAUGUAAAACACAGCAAGCUAUUGUUUAUGAAUCUUAUUUGCCUCCAGCAACAUCAAAAUAUUAGCCAGAAUUGACUUAAAAAUUUGUAUGGAAUAUUAAUAAAAUUGUUUGGUACUAUUGUAUUUCUGAAACUAGACUUUAUUAAGUGCCUGUAAUAUUCUUUUCUGGAUCAUUUGUAUAUGGAUAAAAGAGAAUCUAUAAAGUAGUUAAACAGUAAUGUUUUCUAAUCACCUCGACAAUUUCUUAUUUUUUAAGAAGGUUUUUCCCAUCUGUUGUUGUCUAACAAAAUCCUGUGUUAUACAAAUAGUCCCUCCAAAGUCGGUGAAUUUUUUUUGCAUUAGUAACUCAAGUAAAAUGUAAUUUUUAGUUGGAUUCGGAGAUUUUCAACAACAAAGUGCUUAGAGGAACUAUCAUGUAAUGCUAGGGGCAUUUAUUUUGAUUUGGAAUAAGACAGUUUUUCAGAGGAAAGAAAGGUUAAUUUAUGCUUAGCAAAAAGAAAAACACUGAUGCAUAUACCAUUUCAGUUGGUCAGGUUAGUUUCAUAAGUGAAAGCUGAAAAGAUGCCUUUAGGUAGUUUGACUUGCAAAUUUAGAUUUUUGUAGUAAAAGUGUUUUACAAAGCCUAAUAAAAAUUUUCAUGGAAGGGGAGAAGAGCAGGAAUAGAAUUACAUCUAGAUUAAGCAUUCCCUGUUGUGUAGGAUUUUACAUGCAUUAUAAUGGUGGUGAAUGAGAAUCAGAAUAUGAUCUUGACUUGAAAAUCAGGACUUGUAUGGAUUUCUUUUCACUGAUAGUUGCAGUGUAGCAUUAGGAGCAAACCCACAGCAUUAACUGAGAAAGGCCUAUGUAUAUAUUCCAUAGAAUUUCUUUCUAAAGAACAGCUUGAGAAUCCAGUAUCCACGUUUUGAAAGUAAAAUGCAUGCACUGGUUUCCUGAAUGUAGAGGGACUUGGCAGUUUUCUGUUAACAUGUUUUUCCAUUAUUUAGUGUUUAUUUCUAAUUGCAAUUCAUUAAUCCUUAUAUAUUCUGAUUGAUGUUGUGUUAAAAUAAAAAUAAGAAUGUUAAUGCUCAGGGACAAUCUCAUCUCAGAAAUUUACUGAUAUAAAUCCAGACUAACCCAACAGACCUCAGUGGAAUCAAAUCAGUCUUACCCUAGUGAACGCAGAAAUUGACCAUAUUAGAUCAGGAGCUGAUCUAUCUGUAAUUGAAAUAAAAAUAAGUAUUUUUUUUACAUGAAAUAAAACAUAAUUUUACUUUACGCUCUAUUAAUUUGUGUGGUAAAGCUGUUACUAAUUUCAAAUAACCAUAGGGCAGAAUAUAGAGUAGGUGCUGUCAUGUGUCUGGUUGAUGUCAGUGGAACUCUGCAGUGAUUCAAGAGCUGUGGGCAUCCUGUAGAUGUACUAUGGAUAUGAAACUAUUUAAAUUUGCUGGUUUAAUACAUAGACCUGGGAUAUAUAUCACAUAAAAUCAAAAUGCUCUCUUAACAAUACCAUUUAUUUUCCCCCUAUAAUGGAUCAAACUUGCUUUUCUUUCUCAUUAAGUAGGCACUUUAUUGCAAGUAUUUUUAUUUUACCAUUAAUUUUAUUCAUGAUCAUUAGUAAUAUGUGAGAUCAUUUAUUUAGUGUCUGAAAUCAGUGCAUUUUGAGCAGUGUUAUUUUUAAAAUACCACUCAUUAUAAUAGUAGCAGACUGUCAUAUUAUAUUGAUUUUUUUUCAUUCUCUCUCUGGGAAUUUUCAUAGUCAUAUAACAGUAAAUACUGCAGUAAAAGCACAAAUAAUCAGAUAUGAAAAAAAAGACACCUAGCUGGUACUAAAUCUGAAUUUUUUGUAUUCGUGUGUGCAAAUGCUCAAAAUACCAUAAAUCAGCUCUGAUGGUACGUGAGCGUUAUGUCAUUGUCCCUUUGGUCUUUGUUUAACUGGGAAAAAAAAGGGUGAUCUCUAUGUUUGUCUCUCUCACAAGCAUUUCAUUUCUUGGUUUUAAUUUCGUGUAAUUCCUAGAAAUGUGUGCAGUAUGACCUUCCAAGGUAUCCUUCCACUUGGUGUUCUCACUUCACCUUCAGUGUGCUCAGUCCCUUACUGAAUGUUUGUCUAGACAGCGGUUAAUAGCAGUUUCCAAAGACGCAGAAGGGUAAGAUUUGUCAAUUCACAAAAAACAGCAAAAAAAAAAGAGGCAAAUUCUAGGAGAUUUUCCUGAAUGGUUUCUGAGUCAUGUCAGAUGAUGUACGAUCUGAAAGUGAGAGGAGUAGGAAAUGGUUUAAGCUUCCAUUAGGAAGAUUCAUGUUGGGCUUUUGAAGCUGGACAAUCAUGGCUUUUUACGAUCGUAAGGUUGUACAGUGUAAAGUAAAUGUGAAUUAGUCAAUUGAAUCCUGGCAGACUGCGGGAUAAAUCCUGCAGACAUCUACACCCACUUACCCAAACUAGAUUUUGACGUCACUACGCACUGAAGAGUCUUGGACAAAUUAUUUAGUCUAAACUGGAUGUUAUACAUAUUUCUUAAUGAGGCUUUUAACUGAGAUGUGCAUACAUUUGUGUGUAUAUUGGAUGCUGUCUGGGUAUGGAGGUUUGUCCAUACCUAAUGUUUGUUGAGCAAUGGUAUAGUCUCUCUUCAUGAGAUCCAUCAUCAGUUCUCACAUGUGAAUAUGAGAUGCUGCACAGGAGGUACACGUCAGUGAGCAGAGUCACAAAGGGCAAAGUGUUUCGACAGAUUUUGAGCUCUUCAAUGUAAGAAACUACAGGGAACUAUGUACCAUACAGCAGAUUUCCUUGCUCCCUGGCAGGAUUUUAUAGACUGUGAGUCCUCCUCAGCAGGGUGUUCUUCUUGUCUACACACUGCAAGUAAGACUCCAGGUCACCGGUCUGGCAUAUGUGCAGUCUGUGUUUGCUUAUACCCAAAAAUAAUUUUGUGGAAAAGGGUGGGAGAAGUUGGUUUUGUUGUUUGUGUGGUUUUGUUUGUUUUUUUUUUUUUUUUCUGGAAUGCAAAAUGGGCUGAAUUUUAAUUUUGCAGGAUUGAAAAAUUGAAAUACAGAUAUUUUAAAGAAUGGUUGCAUUGUUGGGUAAUAUCUGGCUUUAUAAAAUGUUUCACUGGGAGAGAAAGCAAGCAGUUGGUUUUAUAUUUUUAGCAUGCAGCUUUUCAACUUGUUCCAUUCUGGGGUUAGAAUAUGCCCUGGGAGCCAAGGGACUCACAUGUGCAGCUCAGGGCACAAUUUAGCUGCAAAAAUACAUCCUAAACAUCUUGCUGCCUUUUGUGUGGUAGAAAUUAAAUACAGUGUUUUGAAUGUUCCCUCUCUGCUUGCUCUAAUGAAAGACAGGAGAGUCUUUAAGCUCCUGCUGAGGUGUGUGUGCACUUUGAUGAAGUCAGCAACAAGAAUACGAAUGUCAUACAAUGGGUGAUGUCUUUGGAUGGGGUUAACACUUUGGAAUAAUUUGAGUUCUUAGAGUGUCUUAAAUGUCGCCAUGUGGUUGCACUGUUUUAUCCUCAUCAAGAUCUUUACUUUUGGGAUCAGUUCAAUAAAUUGGUAGUUUUACAAAUGUGAUUAGGAGAUUGUGUCCAAAUGUCCAGCAAAAAAACUUUGCUUUUGAUUCUCAUGGUUUUCGAAGGUGUAAAUAAAAAUCAACAUCAUGAAUAA